AUGGACAAUCUUUUUCUGACGCUACAGCUUCGUCAGCUUCGUCGGACGCAAGGGAACCGUGAAAGAAAUCAUUUCCAGAAGAGCUACAGUUGGGUCCAGCGCUUUCAACUCACGACGUUGCUUAGUGGUCAUCGUGGCUGCGUAAACACCAUCCGCUGGUCAUCAGAUGGCCAAGUGCUGGCAAGUGGCAGUGAUGACAUGAUGGUGCAUCUGUGGCAACUAGGUCCUCACCUGUCAGGUCGAGUGCGUCCCAAGAAUUGCUUUCCAACACUGCAUAGGCAUAACAUUUUUGAUGCCCACAUUGUCAACGACAUGCACAGCAUUGUAUCUUGUGGUGCGGAUGGGUAUGUUUGUCUUACAAACAUGCACAGUGGCCAUAAGGUGAAGUUGUUUGAGCCUGACAGAGGCCAUUUCUUUGCCUUCAAGAUAGCUUUGCUGCCAGAUACCGGGGGCCGUACCUUCUUCGUCAGUUGCGGUGAUGGCCACGUACGCCACUUCGAUUUGCGACAAACCAGCCAUAGCAUUGCCAUCAGCACCAAUGGGCUGGGGUUGGCAGGAUUGUCGACGAACCCCGUCAAAAGCGAGAUGCUUGCUGUCGGGGGCAACGAUCCGUUCCUUCGGAUGUAUGAUGCUCGGGCCCUCUGCUUGCAUGCUGAAUCGCAAGCAGGCAGCUUGGCAUUGACCCCAGUGAUAUCAUUGCAUUCCACUGAAGGAAUGAUCUGCAGGCAGCAUAGCUUUAGACAUCGGUCCGAUGUAGGCAUCUCAGGAGUGUGCUGGAGUGCCAACGGCCAGUCCAUCUUGGCCAAUUAUCGAGGAAGUGAGAUUGAAUGGUUUACUGUCGGAGGGGCGCGCCUUGAUGAGUCUGAGAUUCCUGAGCAAGCUAUUCAAUUACCCAUUGAGGUUUGCAGGGAAAUGUCUUUGCCGCUGUCUUCUGUGCGCUUAAGCUCGCAGCGGUCCUUCUUGGGCAGGUUGAACGAACAAACCUGCGCAAAAGAGGUUUGUUUCCUCUGCGGAGAGUCAGCUGUAGGAAGUGGAGGAGACUGUGGACAUUUUUUUAUUUGGGAUGCUCUGUCUGGAGAGCUGCGGCGCAAGUUUCGUGCUGACCGAUGCAUCGUAAAUUGUAUGGCGCCGCAUCCUGUGCUCCCAGUGGUCGCCACGUCAGGAAUAGAUUCUGACAUCAAGGUUUUUGAUGUUGGUGACCAAAGGCCAGCGAUGCAAACGUCUAAGGCAGGAAUGGCUUCUGCAUCUUCAGAGCAGGACGCGCCGGAACGUGGUCCCGAGAUCUCUGAUGCAGCUUCGCAAGAAGCGGCCAUGAAAGAAGCAGCCUUCCAUGAAGAGAACGGCAAUGAGAUGGUACGACAAGGUGACUGGAUCGAAGCCCUUUCCCUGUACGAACAAGCACUAGAACGUCUACGCUUCGAGGCUUCCACACAGCCACUGUGCAGAGAUAAAUCAGCACUGGAGCUGAGAUGUGAGCUGCACUGUGCGUUCUGCAGCCUGAAUUUGGAAGAAUUCGACCGUGCUGUUGACCACUGCAACCGCGUGAUCCAGCUUGACGGUGAAAAUGUACAGGCCUAUUGCAGACGAGCUCUCGCAAGGGGUGGCCUGCUAGAUUUUGAAGCUGCUUAUUUGGACAUAGACAGAGCUGCAACCCUCCAACCUGACAACUCGGAUAUAGCUCGUAUCCGGUCACGGGUGAGGAAGCAUGAAAAGCACUACAUCAGGCAACGGCUGCGUUGA